AUGCGUUUCCACAUCCAUCUGCUUCCCGUUUUCUUGGCGGUGCUGGCUCACGCAGCCAAGCCUCUUGGAGAUCAAGUAUGCGUCGCUACUUGCUACAAUGCCCUGCUCAAGGCCAAGUUCGCGGCUGCCACCAACAAGGCCCAGAUGGCCUGUACGAAUCCUCUUCGCGUCAAGUCUACGUAUUACUGUAUCUCGGAGCACUGCGCGAGGGAAAGUGAUGCGGCGACGGAAGAUGGCAUCGAGUGGUGGGCCGAAGCUUGCAAGAACUCUUCCAAGGUCGUCAACGUGAAGAGUUACCACGCCGCUGUUUCCAAUGUCACGGAGGCCUACCUAGCUGGUCUUCCCAGAGUCGACCAAAAGGCGAAGCAAAUCUUCAAUGGGUCUGCUCUCCCGUCGAAUGCCAACUGGAAGUACAUGCACACAACCGUGUUCCUGUAUGCUGACGCCAGACGCUACAACGAUGCAAUCCGAUGGUCCAUGUAUGGAUUUUGGGGCCUUGUCAUCCUAGUGGGCGUCUGUAACCGACUUUGGUCGCUCGUCUCCAGCCGCCGCCACAAGAGAGCUCCCGUCGAGCCACAGACUGGCGAGCUCAGCGCUCCCAGAAAAGCCCUCAAGUGGUGGAAGAUUAAUCUUCUUCAAUCUCCCACCAUAUCGCAUCAUCAUCAUGAGCCUUGGGGCUGGUGGACGCUUCCGCUUCGCAUCCACACCGUUGUCAUUGCGCUGUACAUUCUCCUGCACAUCUUGGUUGUCGCAACUCGGUACCGUGUCGUAGACGAGAAUGAUUACUUCAAAAGCAGGCGAACGCAAGCCCUCCGCUGGAUCGCCGACCGAUUGGGCACGCUCAUGGCGGCCAGCAUGCCCUUUAUAUUCCUCUUUGGUGCCCGGUCGAGCCCUCUUCCGAUCAUCACGGGAUGGAGCUACCGCACCUUUAGCAACUUUCAUCGCUGGGUGGCCCUCGUCAUGCUGGUCGAGUCCAUCGCCCACGGCUGCGUCUUCUCCGCCUACUACGCCUACGAAAAGGGUUUUCCCGACUACCGCAACCGACUCCAGACGGACGUCAUGUUUCGAUCGGGAAUAUUUAUGCUCACGGCCAUGGGUGUCUCUGUUGCGUUUGCGCACAUAAAGAUCAGGCAGAUGGCCUACGAGCUGUUCAAGAUUGCCCACAUUGCCAUGGGCAUCAUCUUCCUAGCAAACUAUUGGGAUCACAUCAAGGACAAGUUUGGGGGCGACUACAGAGUCUGGACUUGGGUCUGCGUCGGCAUCUGGGCGAGCGAUUACUUCUUCCGACUUGUCCGCAUCGUCUGGCUCAACUUCAACGCCCUCAUCGGCAAGGACAACCGGGCCAUUGCCAGCUACAGCGAGGACACGGGCAUGAUCCGGCUGCACGUCCACGCCUCCGGCACCGGGCCGCACUCGCACCAGAACCCCGGCACGUACUACUACUUGCACUUUGGCGGCUGGCGCAUCUGGGAGAACCACCCGUUCAGCCUUGCCGGCUCGUCAGCGGGUGAUGCAGCUCCGCAAGUCACCACCACGACGCAGGUAGAAGGAGAGAAGAGUCCCGCGACCGUGGUCAGUAGCAGCGGUCAGCAGGAGCUGCUUCUCGGCGGCCAGUCGUACAAGACGUUCAUGAUCCGUCCGCGCAGCGGCUUCACCAGACGCCUGCGCGACGCCAUCGUCAAGCAGGACGCGGGCGGCGUCUCCCGUCUCCGCGUCGUGCUCGAGGGUCCGUACGGCACGGGAGCCGACAUCUCCGGCUUCAACGAGAUCCUCUUCGUCGCGGGCGGCAGCGGCAUCACGGCCGUCCUGCCCUACACCCGCCACAUCUUCGAGGACCGCGCCGCGGAGGACCCCCGCCCGCCCAGCGUGCGGCUGGUGUGGGUGGUGCGCCAGGAGGGCUUCGCGCGGGACGUGCUGGCCAACGACCUGCGUGCGGCGGUCGCGGAGGCGGCCGGGAAGCUGAGGGUGGACGUUUACGUGACGGCCUCGAGAGGCAGCGGCGAAGACAGCGGCAGCGAGGAGAAGACUGACCCGGAAAAGAGCGACCAGGAGAAUACGAUGGCUUGCGACGCGGCGGAUUCCGGGUUCGCGUACGGCAGACCGGUGGUCGCCGAAGUGGUGGGCGAGUACGUCGCGGGCCUCGAGACGAACAGGGCGGCCGUGUUUGUCUGCGGCCCGGCCCGGAUGGCGGAUGAGGUGCGGGCGGCGGUGAGGAGGGAGGCCAGGUCGAGCACAAAGGAUCUGGGACUGUUUGAGGAGAUGUAUGGUUGGUAG